CUCUCGCCCCCCCCCACCCCCCGCCCGGGUCAUGGGGACCCCCUGGGCGUGCGUGGGCGGGGAGGGCCCCCCUCGGCUGCCCCCGGUGCUCACGGGGCUGCUGGUGACGGCCGUGGGCCUGGAGCUGCUCUACGUGCUGGCGCUGGGCCCCGGCCCCCCGACCCCCGGCCCCCCGGCCCCGGUCCUGCACCUGCUGCUCGGCCUCUACCAGGCGCUCAACCUGCUGGUCAACCUGGGCCGCUUCCUACGCUCCGACCCGGGCAUCCGGGGCGUCGUGCUGGCCGGGAGGGGCCUCGGCCGGGGCUGGGAGUACUGUCACCGGUGCCAGAGCCAGGUGCCGCCGCGGAGCGGGCACUGCACCGCCUGCCGGGUCUGCGUCCUCCGCAAGGACCACCACUGCCUCCUCCUGGGCCGCUGCGUCGGCUUCCGCAACUACCGGCCCUUCCUCUGUCUGCUGCUGCACGGCGCCGGGGCCUCGCUCCACGCCGCGGCCCUGCUGGGCCCGGCGCUGGCCGCCCUGCUGCGAGCCCAGACGCCCCUGCGGGCCGUCGCCCUCCUCCUCACGCCCUGGCUGAUGCUGCUGACCGGGAGCGUGUCUCCGGCCCAGUUCGCCCUGGCCUUCGCGACGGACACGUGCGUGGCGUCCGCCCUGCUGUGCGGGGCCGGACUGCUCUUCCACGGGGCGCUGCUUCUGCGAGGGCAGACCACCCGCGAGUGGGCCCGGGGCCAGCGCGGCUACGACCUGGGCCCCCGGCACAACCUGCAGGCCGCCCUGGGGCCCCGCUGGGCCCUGGUCUGGCUCUGGCCCUUCGUCCACUCGCCGCUGCCCGGGGACGGGGUCGUCUUCCCGUCGGCCCGCCGCCCCUGAGCCCCCGGACCUCUGGCUCCGGGCGGGGCCUCGGGCCCGUCGGGACCGGCCGGCCCCGCCACGUGCGAGAGGUUUAGGGGGCGGGAGGUGAGGGCGUGGAGUGGGAGAGUAUCACUUUUUAUCUGGAAUAAAGCUUCCUACCGAC